UUGUCAACCUGUGCAGUUAACAAAUUCGAAUCAGUGAAGUCAAUUUCUUUUGUCAUUCAACUCCACAACAUACAACAUUGAGCUUUGAAUCAAAGUACACACAGCAUGUUUUUGGGAGGGAAAUGCCAAGAUCCAAAAUUUUAUGGAGGGAACUUAGCAGCAACCCAUACCAACUACCACUACCUAUAAAAGGACUACCUACACAACAAAAGGAGAGUUGUAGAAGUAUUGCCCUCAGAAAAUUUUCAUCAUAGGGCUAUGGAUUCUGCUGCUGGAGAAACUGCCGGAGAGACAGCCGGAGACAUAGCCGGAGAUAAAGCCUUGCGAAUGAUAGGAGUGAACACCAAGAAUUUGAUAACACAAAGCAUGCUACAAGGAAGCCGUUUAGGUAAAAUACCAUAUGGAGGUUUUGUCAAAACAGCCAAGGACUUUGGAGUGAGUAGGAAGACAGUCCAUCGAAUCUGGGCAGAGGCCAGCAAGCAAAUCCAACGUGGUGAACCUGUGAGCAUAAAAGAUCGCGUUAAAGGCUUCAAGCGCAAUGAUCAAAUUAAGCUAGAUCAAAACAGGGUAAGAGCUCUGUCUGUUCUUGAAAGAUCCACCAUCCGCAAAAUGGCUUUCAAGCUAGAUUUAAGUAAGAGCACAGUAGGCCGAAUGGUGAAAUGUGGAGAUCUGAGGCCACACACAAAUGCUGUUAAGCCGGUGCUUACUGCCGUAAACAAGGUAUCAAGAAUGAAAUGGGCCUUAACUCAUGUGCAGCCUGUUGUUAACAAUGGUAUGCUCAAAUACCACUCAAUGCACAACGUAGUGCAUAUAGAUGAAAAAUGGUUUUUCAUGACAAAGACUACAGAUAGGUACUACCUGCUGCCAGAUGAGGAAGAACCAUAUAGGUCAUGCAAGUCAAAGAGGUUCAUCACAAAGGUGAUGUUUAUGUGUGCAGUGUGUAGACCAUACGUUGGAGACAGUGGAGAUGUCAUAUUCGAUGGAAAAAUAGCCAUCUUGCCAUUCACAACACAAGAGCCAGCAAUGAGAAAAUCAAAGAACAGGCCAAGAGGCACCUUGGAGACCAAGCCCAUUCAAUCAGUGAACAAGGAUGUAAUGAGAGAAUGCCUUAUUCAUAAGAUCAUACCAGCAAUCAAGGCUAAAUGGCCAGAUAACAUAAGCAAGGACAUAUUCAUCCAACAAGACAAUGCCAGACCUCACAUCAUGCAUAAUGAUGCAGAAUUUCAGUCAGUUGCAAACACAGAUGGGUUCAGAUUCCAUAUCAUUUGCCAACCAUCUAACUCUCCUGAUUGUAAUGUCUUGGAUUUAGGAUUUUUCAGGGCCAUCCAGUCUAUACAGGAUGACAAAUUGGCUAGGGGAGUGGAUGAGUUAGUGGCUAAUGUGCAAGCAGCCUUUGAUGAACUUAGUGCAGGAACAUUGAACAAGGUUUUUCUGACUCUUCAAGGAUGUUUAACUGAGAUUUUGAAGGGGGAAGGGGGGAAUGGCUACAAAACUCCACACAUUAACAAAGAAAGGUUGACAAGGCUGGGGAUACUGCCAAAGACAUUGGAGGUUGAAGAACACAUAGUGAAAGCUGCAGUGGAAUACCUCCAGUAG